AUGAAGUGUCUUUCUGACUAUUGUGAUUUUAAUUUAAAGCAAGUGGUUAAGGAUCCGACACGAAACUCCAAUAUCCUAGAUCUUAUUUUUACUAACAUGAGCUCACAUUAUAACCCCCCUGAAGUAAUUGCACCACUGUCUACCUCAGACCAUAAUAUGGUUAUUUGGAUGGCGAAAUCACAGCAGCGCUCGGUAAACAUUGUGAAGAAAAUUAAAUUUCGUCCAACGCCAAGAUAUAACCUGCAACAAUUUGGUUCCUGUCUUGCCCAAUAUGAUUGGUCAACCGUACUAAACCUUGAGAACGUAGAUGAAAAGGUUGAGGAUUUCACCAGAGCUACUAACGACAUGAUUAAUUACUAUUUCCCGGAGAAAACAGUUCGAAUGCACUCCGAUGAUAAAUUUUUUAUAACAACAAAAAUAAAAAAGUUACUAAGGAAGCGAGAUAACGCAUACAAACAAGGAAUAAUGCAGAAGUUUAGGAAACUUCGUAAUAGAGUAGCAUCGGAAAUUACAAAGGCAAAGAGGCACUAUUAUGUAAUGAACAUUGGAAAGCUGAAUACCAACGGGGAUGCCCGAAUGUGGUGGAAGAAGGUCUGGAAACUGACUGGAAAGAAGAAACCUUCUAUCAAUCUCAGUGAGCAGGGAUCAGACUCCAAACUCGAAGAUAGUGAUGCUGCAAAUAUGAUUAAUACGUUUUUUUCAGAUCUAACAAAUGAUUUCCCAGAAAUUCAACCCAGAUGGUCAUUGUACGGUCAUUCAGAUGUCUUGCCGACUGUUACACCCGAAAGCGUUGCGAAAAAGCUUUUCUCCAUUCAGUCUCACAAAGCUCCAGGUCCAAACGACCCCUACCUCAAGAUAAUCAAAAUGUUUGCGCAUUCUUUUGCCAUCCCAUUAGCAAACAUUUUUAAUGCAUCAUUUGGGCAGAAGGUGUUUCCAAAACUGUGGAAAGAGUUCCGCCUAGCACCUAUACCAAAAGUGGAACCGUGCACGAAUCUGGAUGAAAUAAGACCAAUAGCUCUCACUAGCACAAUUUCAAAAAUACAGGAGUCUUACGUGGUUGAUUGGAUGUAUGACGAUAUUGAGUCUAAAAUUUGUAAGGAACAGUAUGGUGGUGUCCCACGCUCGUCAGCAGUUCUUGCGCUCGUUCACCUUCUACACAAAUGGAAUAAAGCGUUGGACUUAUCACAACGAGUAAUACGAAUUGUGUUUUUGGACUUUCGCAAGGCAUUUGAUCUUAUUGAUCACAACCUGCUAUUAGACAACUGUUGUAAAAUUGGAGUCAGACCGGGGCUGAUUGGCUGGUUGGGGUCAUAUCUGAGUAAGAGGACGCAAGUCACAAGAUUUGGUAACGAAUUUUCUACAAGAUGCAUGAUUAAUGGGGGAGUUCCCCAAGGUAGUCGUAUUGGUCCAAUCGCGUUCGUCGUUCACAUUAACGGACUGAAGGCAGUGAUAAAAGAUACCGAGAGCAGUCUGACUAAUUCAAGCAAUGAUGAUAAUGGUGAUGGUGAUGAUGACCUCACUCUUUUCAUGGAUGAUACAACAUUGUCAGAGGUUAUUAACGUCCGUGAUCAUGUCUCGGGUACGCAAGUUGGGAGUAUGAACAAUAAUAUUAUGAAAGUUAUGGAUUUUGCCACGUCUCAAAAAAUGGAGUUGAACCUGAAAAAAUGUAAGGAAAUGCAGUUAGAUUUCCGUCAGAACAAAACAGUUAUUCCACCACUAACAUUCAAUGAUACAACGUUGGAAAGGGUUUCAACUUUCAAACUAUUGGGCUUAUGGAUUGACGAUAAUUUAAAGUGGCAAACUAAUACUGAUUAUAUAAUAGGGAAAGCAGUUAAGCGACUCUUUUUAUUAAAAACUUUAAAGAAAUACGGUGCUGACAAGAUUGAUAUGAAACGGUUUUACAUCUCUGCCAUCAGGCCGACACUUGAAUAUGGAGCGCAAGUCUGGCAUGGGGGCCUUACUAAAGCACAGAGCAGCAGUAUUGAGAAAGUACAAAGAAGGGCUUUGAGAAUAAUUUAUUCCGAAAAAGAUUACGGAAAGUUAUUGUUGAAAGCUGGAAUGCAUACGCUUGAACAACGUCGCAAUACUAUGUGCAUUGAUCUUAUCAGUAAAAUGUCUGACCCGCAACACAAACUGCACCAUCUUCUUCCUAAUAAACUUUGCAAGGUACGGCAAAGGGUUACACGUCAGAAUGGUCAAUUGUUUUACAAUUACCACUACAGAACAGAACGUUUUCGGAACAGUCCAAUCGUUUUGUCAAUUGAACUCUAUAAUAACUCUAUUUUAUAACAUAAUAUAUAAUAUAACUUUAUAUAUUUUUAUCGAAACAUUUUUAACACGUAGUGAUAGUUUUUGGAUCAGUCCAUUUGUUUCGCCAUUUGAACCUUUGUUAAUAACUCUCUUUUUUUAAUAUAAAUAUCUCAUUUGAAACUUUUAUAAUACCUAAUGUAGAUAGUUCAGUAGUUAAUGUAUAUUUUCUAUAUAUAUGUAAUGCGCGUUCUAAUUUAGUUACCUACUGUAGCUAUUCAAUGUGUAAUCUUUCUAUAAUAUAAUAAUAAUAAUAAUAUAAAUGGAUGGUUGGAAGAAAUUCGAGUUUAAGAAACUGCUGGAAAAGCAUCACAGCGGGGAAGACUACCAUACACUGUUGGACUGCCUUAUGAAAAUUAGAAAUGUUGUAGAUAAACUUGGUGGAGUUAGAAUGCCUCAGCUAAAGAGCGUCGUAUUGAGAACCUGCAGCAGACUUGGUAUUGAUACAACUAUUACUGACUCUAGGAGUAAAGAGGUAAUUUUACAAAAUGAAGAUAUUCUAUUUGGUCGGGUUUAUCCUAUUCUUGGUUGGGAACCGCGUGAUUGUAAAUACUACAGAGAAUGGUUAAUUAGAAAGCUGAAGAAGCGAACUGAGCUCGAAAACCUUGAUUUAAACAGAAAACUAAAUAACUGCUCUGUAAAGACCGAAAUUGAUAGUGUGGGGUCUCCCUGA